AUAUAAUUCUACCUAGCUAGCUAGCUUCAUUUAUAUUCAUAAAGAUGUCUGACUGCUUUUUUGAGGGCCCAAACAGUUUUUCUGAGUUUUGUGAACUUGAAUCCCUAAUAAGUAACAGUAACAGUCACAGUCGUCACCCCUCUCCCUCUCCCUCUGUGACCAACAUAAUUAGCUCUUCAUCUUCUUCUUUCACUAAGUAUAGCCUUGUGGGUGAGGAGAUGAUGAUGAUGCCCACUCCAAUGGAGAAGAAAAGGAAAUCCAGGAAAGCCUCUUCCAUUGCUCAAUCUAAGGGUGUGAAAGAAAGUGAUAAAGGAAAGAGGAAGAGGGAAAGGAUGAAUAAUAAUAAUAAUAAUAAUAAUAAUAAUAAUAAUAAUAAUAAUAAUGGUGAUGAGGAGAAGGAAUUAGAAUCAUCAGAGAAGAUGGAGGAGAAGAAGGGUGUUGAAGAGGAGGCCCCUGUGGGUUACAUCCAUGUGAGGGCAAGGAGGGGCCAGGCAACAGACACCCACAGUCUUGCUGAAAGGGUGAGGAGGGAGAAAAUCAGUGAAAGGAUGAAGAUACUGCAAGGUCUUGUUCCAGGCUGUGAUAAGGUUAGUGGAAAGGCCCUCAUCUUGGAUGAAAUUAUCAACUAUGUCCAGUCCUUGCAAAAUCAAGUUGAGUUUCUGUCCAUGAAGCUUGCUUCUGAGAAUCCCAUGUUCUAUGAUGGUGGAUUGGACAUUUUGCAUGCUCCUCCUGCGGACAAUAUUAAUAUGGAGCAGGAGCAAUGGAACCCUACCAUGAGGGGCAGCAUAGAAAUAGGUGCAGUGAUGUCUGAGGCAAAAAGUGACUUGACAUUAAUGCCGACAAUUCAAAGUAUAGCCAAUUCUGACUAUCAAUUCCAAUUCAUUGCUACUCCAACUUCUUCACUUCUCUAUCAACACCCCCAUUUCCUAAACCCUAUCAAUCAGGGCAAUGGACAGCUCUUAUGGGAUAUGGGAGACCAAAGACCAAAAAUUCAUUAAUCAAAACUAGUGUAUAUCAAAAAUGUUUGUAUGUUAGAGACACUAAUGACUAUGACUGUAAUCACUGUAUGGUAGAAUAUGUCAUUGAAAUCUACGUAGACAUAAGAGAAAAUUAUAUAAAUAAUCUAGUACUUUACUCUUCUUUUUUUCUUUUAUAUAGAACUCCUAGAAGUAAUUAUUAUAUAUAGGGUUGUACGAACAGCAGUUAAUUAUUUCCGUUAUUACAGUUGUGUUUUUACCGUUACGGUAUUUCUA